AUGGUAGCAGAUUUGACACCGCGAUAUCUCAAGUUCACCCCGCUGGGGGGGACAUUCGUCGCCCAGGUUGACGGGCUUGACUUCUCUCAACCCAUUCCCGAGGCGGUUCGGGACGAACUCCUCGCCGGGCUCCAGAAAUAUGGCGUCCUCGUCGCACGAGCGACCAACAUCACAGACGACACCAUGAUUGCCCUUGGACGGCAAUGGGGGGAGCUGGACAACAUCACGGCCCACAAAAAGGCCGGGCGCAAGAUGCGUCUCCCCCAAGACGAGAUCUUCGACGUCGGCAACAUCGACCCGGACAACAACAUCAUCACCGCGGCGGACCCGUUGCGCAUCUCCAGCGCCCGAGGCAACGCUCUCUGGCACGCCGACGGCGCCUACAAUCCUCGACGCUCGGGCAUCUCGAUUCUCCGGGCUGUCGAGCUGCCACCAAAGGGCACCGGCGGCCAGACCGAGUUCCUCGACUCACGCACCGCGUACGAAGAUCUCCCUGCGGAAACCAAGGAGAAGAUUCGUGGCCUCGUCAGCCUCAACACCCUCCUCUGGAACCGCAAGCAGGCGAACCCCGACAUGGACAUGUUCAAGGACAUCGACUGCACCAAGGUCCCUCUGUCCAGGCACAAGCUCGCGCAGAUCCACGAGCCUACGGGUCGCGGCAACUUGUACAUCGGCUCAUACAACCACCACAUCGAGGGACUCCCCGUCGAAGAGGGUCGAAAGCUCAUCGACGACCUGCUCAAGCACGUCACGCAGAACAAGUAUAAAUUCGCCGUGCACUGGGAGAACCCGGGAGACGUCACGUUCUGGGACAACACGGCGGUCUUGCACCGCGCCACCAUCGGCGAGUACAAUGGCAAAUAUCGUCGUGAUAUGAGGAGGAUCUCCACGUUCGAUACGAGCUCAUGGGCGUGGGGGGAGAAUGAUCCUGCGAAGUCCACCCAGAUUGGACUUCAGUGA